AUGAAUUCAUUCAUGUCAUCUGGUACACCACCUAUUGAUAAUCAAGUAAAAUCCACUGAUCAACUUCGAAAACAUUUAAAUACAAUAUUUCUCAAUGACUUCUCAGCAGAUUGUGAUCCAAAACAAAUGAAAGCAAUGCGGGACUCCAUGGGAUUUGAAGAACAUCCUAAUCGUUUCGAAAUUUCUUUACUUAAAGUGAGUGAACAAGUAUAA